GUGGUGGCAAAAAAGUUGUUACAAUGUUGCAAUGGCUGGGUGGAUCAAGGCGGAAAGUGACAACUGCAAAAGCAAUAUUUUGAGCAAAGAAAACGGCAACAACAGCAGCAGACAAGUGGGCUGGACAGCUUUUCUGAUGGAAUGAAUACAUGCAGUCAGCAUCAAAAUAAUAAUCGAUCACUGGACAUUCUUAGUUUGUGGAACUUAUCAACAGUUGUUCAAAAUUGCAAGUCAAGCUGCCGCAGUGGAUGCCAUGACUCAAGAUAUUAACUGGCCUCUCUGUGGCAAUUUUUUUGAGCUACCAUUCUGUUCUAGGGGCACAGAACAUGCAUUUAGCAAACCAAGGCAGAAGUUAUCGACCGCCAAAGAGUUCUCGCAAUUCAAAAGCAAUGCUAGUAAAUUGAAAAAUUCUUUUUCUGAUGAUGAAAUCUUCUGUAACAUGGAAGAAAAAAAUGAUGAUAUAUGGAAUGGUAGGUUCUUUUUUACAAUUUUUUUUUUCAAAUGUUUUCGUUGAUAAUUCUUAUUACUGGUUUGAAUUGGUAUUUUAAGAUAAGUUCUAGCUUCUACAUAUAUUAGAUGCAUCUACAUUUGUAAUCUGGUGUAUAACAUUCCUUGAAAUUAUAUGGUUGAUUUUCCAAGUAGCCUGUUGAACCAA